UUAAACAAACGAAGGGACACAAACGGGAGAGAAAAAAAAGAAGGGUUUUUUGAUAAAGCAAAAGAAUAUUAUUUGAUACAUAGAUUUUGGACUUUGUUUGUAUUUGGCACCCUCUCACCUGCAAAACAAAACAAAACAAAACAAAACAAGAAGCACACAACCAGAGACAGAAAGAGAGGAAGAAGAAGAAGAAGAAGAUCUUGUGAGAUCGAGCUUCAAGCUAUAAGCCAGGUUUCUCACAUUCUCAGCUGAUUCUGCGUCAUGGGGAGGAAAGUUACAGGAAUACAGGUGUUGGACAAGAAGCCAAAUGGUGUCAAAGCUGCUUCAAAUGGUAGUUCUGAUGAUAAAACACACAUUUCUCCUAAGAUUGCUGCAGCUAUGGUUCACGCAAUGGAUCAUGAAGUAAAGGAAUGUACCGAAGCCAAUUCUUUUGUUGAGAAAUGUCAUGAGAAGGAUGUUUUGAGUACCAACACCACAAAUUGUAGUACUGACUUGCCUGAGGAGGAGAAUGAGAAAUCUGAAGUGCAGAACACAGGUGACCAUAAAGAGUUAAGCUCACCUGCUGCGAGAGAAGAGCUUACAAAUCACUCUGUUCCACAGCCAUCUGAUCUGGUAUCUGAAAAGCAUGGAUCCUUCACACAGAUUGUUGAUACUGAAGCUGUUGCAGCUGGUCUAAACUCGUCACCAAAUGCUAACAACUUGAACUCACCUUACUCAUCAAAGAAUUCACAGACAAACUCACCUUUUUCAUCCAGUAAGCCCUUGCUACAAGAUAAGAAGAAUUAUGAUGAUGAAGAUAAUUGGUCUAUUGCUUCCUCUGCUGUAUCUAUGCGCACUGCCAGAGCUAAGGUAACUCUAGGUUCGGCCCCUUCAUUUAGAUGCUCGGAACGUGCAGAGAAACGGAGGGAGUUUUAUCUGAAGUUAGAGGAGAAACAUCGAGCUCUUGAAGAAGAAAAAAGCCAGUAUGAGGCAAGGCAAAAGGAAGAGCAAGAAUCAGCAAUCAAGCAGUUGAGAAAGAACUUGGUAAUCAAAGCAAAUCCUGUACCAAGUUUCUACUAUGAGGGGCCUCCGCCUAAGCCAGAACUCAAGAAGUUGCCACUGACUCGCCCCAAGUCACCGAAACUAAAUCUAAAUCGGAGAAGGAGCUUUGGUGAUGCUUUGAACUCAUCUCCAGAAGUUUGUGGCCGAGCACGUCACAGCGUUGGUAGUCACAUCAAAGGUGGUUCGAAUAGCUCUUUCAUUCAGAAAAAUAAGGACCAGGACCAGUUCAUUCGACGCAACAGCAACGGCGCUUGCAAAACCAAAGAACGAUCAAAAGUGGAUAAGGAAACUAAAACAGCUCCUCCUAAGAUCACCGAGCAGGCAAAUGCAGACAUAUCAGUCCAAUCAUGAGUUGUUGGAAAAUAGCCUUCAUUUUCCUCACUGUUUGCACGAGAGAUUGAUUGGCCCUAUUUUAUAACUGACUUUUGUGAUUUGUGUUAACUUGCGGUGUAUAUGUUUUGUUUUGUAAGUUAUAUUGGUACACAUCAUGUUUUAUAUAAUGAUAUGGACUUAUUCAUGUAAUAUGUGUACCAAAAUGUGAUGUUUCCCCAGACUAGUCCCCCGGAUU